UAUCCGUUUGCAUAUAACCCGAUAAAGAAAUUUGGGUUAACGGGUUGUGGCUUAAAACCUUAGCAACUUCCAACAAUACACUACCAUUACCAGUAGUGCCUCUCAAUGGCACUUAUCAUCCAAAACCCAGUUAUAUUUUCUAGAAAAUUAUUAUCAGCUCCAAAAAUGGUGUCUUCUUGUUCAUCUUCAUUAUUAUUUUCUAUUCGCUGCUAUUCACAAAGACCCCUCAGAUAUGCAGUUGUUGGUGCUGGAUUUGCUGGUUUAUCUGUGGCUUGGCAUUUGUUGCAGCAAAGUUCAGAGGAAUCAAGUUUUUGCAUAGACAUAUACGAUGAAGUUGGCAUUGGUGGAGGUGCAUCUGGAAUGUCUGGUGGACUACUUCAUCCCUAUUCCCCCAAAGUCAAGCUUCUGUGGCAGGGAGAAGAAUGCUGGAAAGAAAGCUUAAAGCUUCUAAAUAUUGCUGAAGAUUCUCGAUCUUCCAAGCCAUUAGACAUGGGAAAACCGGAAACUGCAAUGAAAGAAGGUGACUUUAUAGUCAGGAGAAGUGGAAUUGUGAGACCAGCGCUCUCUUUGAAGAAUAUGGACGUUAUGAAUGAUAAUGCUCAAAACUGCAUUGCCAGCUGCAGAAUAGAAACGAUUCACAAGGAUGCUGCACAGAAACUUGUACCCGAUUUGUGUGUGCCCCUGGACUUGGUCUUCCAUAUGCCUGAAGCUGUGAAUGUUCAUCCUCAGAAUUAUCUCGAGGCUCUCUACUUAGCAUGCAGAACUUUUGUGGAAUUCAAGUGCAGUUCGGGCAUUUCAUUUAAAGAGUUAAAUUUGCGCAAGGAAUCGGUUCAUAAUCUUCUAGAAUUAGCAGGUGAUUAUGAUGCAGUGAUCGUAUGUCUAGGUGCUAGAGCUGCCUUUCUUCCUGAGCUCUCUGGAAGGCUUCCUUUGAGGACAUGUAGGGGUGUUAUUGCUCACUUGCAGCUCCCUGAUCACAUGAGCAAGGAUUAUCCAGAACACAGCCCCUCCGUCCUUUCAGAUGCAUGGCUUGCUGUCCAAGGACCUCGAAGUUUGUAUUUGGGGUCAACAUGGGAAUGGAAAUCGAGGAAUCAUUCCAGACACGUUCCAGAAGAAGAAGCUUCCAAAGCUCUCGAAGAGUUACUGCCGAAGGCAUAUGCUGUAUAUCCAGCAAUAAAAAAUUGGACCGUAAAAGGAGCACGUGCGGGGCUAAGGGCAAUGCCACCACUCACCGCAGAAGGAUCACUUCCACUCUUGGGUUGCGUAGACGAAUUCAUUGGCGGCCCCACAGAAUGUAAGUACUGGUUAUUUACAGGCCUUGGUUCUAGGGGUUUGUUCUACCAUGCUUGGCUUGGAAAACUGAUGGCACAGGCUGUUCUUUCAAGUAACGAAGACUUGAUCCCUUCUGAAUUAACGUCGUGGAAGCAUCGAGUGAAGCGAUAGAAGAGGAUGCCAAAUCUUAUUAUUAUUUUCAAUAAUAGCAACAUGGACAAUGAUGAUUCACAUAGCUGACCUCAACUUACUAUUGAAGCUUACUAGUUGUUGUAUAGAAGUAGUUUAGUGGUCUCUCCAACAUGUUCACUUCCUUUCUGGAGGGAAAUGAUAGUUUUAUUCGACUUUAACUGCAAAAUUUUGACGUUGUGUAUCAAUGUAAAUCAGUUACUAAUUUUAGAACCAAGAUAUCUGUUUAACAGGCCAUGUUUUUGUAGUUUA